CACCCAGCAGUUGGCGUGAGGGGCUGCAGGAGCUUGGGGGCUGGUGGCAGGAACAAGUCUUUUCCGACCCCAUGGAGCUGUAUGAGACAUCCCCCUACUUCUACCAGGAGCCCCACUUCUAUGACGGGGAGAACUACCUGCCGGUCCACCUCCAGGGCUUCGAGCCGGCCGGCUACGAGCGGACUGAGCUCAGCCUGAGCCCCGAGGCCCGAGGGCCCCUUGAAGACAAGGGGCUGGGGACCCCGGAGCACUGCCCGGGCCAGUGCCUGCCGUGGGCGUGUAAGGUGUGUAAGAGGAAGUCUGUGUCCGUGGACCGGCGGCGGGCGGCCACGCUGCGGGAGAAGCGCAGGCUGAAGAAGGUGAACGAGGCCUUCGAGGCCCUCAAGAGGAGCACCCUGCUCAACCCCAACCAGCGGCUGCCCAAGGUGGAGAUUCUGCGCAGCGCCAUCCAGUACAUCGAGCGCCUGCAGGCCCUGCUCAGCUCCCUCAACCAGGAGGAGCGUGACCUCCGCUACACGGGCGGGGGCGGGCCCCAGCCGGGGGUGCCCAGUGAAUGCAGCUCUCACAGCGCCUCCUGCAGUCCAGAGUGGGGAAGUGCACUGGAGUUCGGCCCCAACCCAGGGGAUCACCUGCUCACAGCUGACCCUACGGACGCCCACAACCUGCACUCCCUCACGUCCAUCGUGGACAGCAUCACGGUGGAGGAUGUCUCCGUGGCCUUCCCAGAUGAAACCAUGCCCAACUGAGAUUAUCCGCCAGUCCCGGCAUCUGUGAGCGCCCCAGGCUGGCCACAGAUGCCACCACUUCUGCAGGGGGCCUCCUAAGCCAGGCUGUUCGAUGCCAGGAAGCCUGCCCUGGGGCUGCCAUAUGUCAGACUACCCUCUCCUCAUCUGUCGAAAGUCAACCUACCGCCCAGAGGGGGGUAGAUGUUUUCAAUUAGCUAACUCCUCCAGCCAAGCAGAGGGGUUGAUGUUUCCAGGGAGCUAAAGCAGGGAGCCAGAGCGCCCCCUCGUGUACACCCCUGGUUCCCCUGGUUCAGGGGCAAACUCAGGAGCUCCCCUUUGACCCAAAGGCAGCCUCGGCCUCCAAUCCCACCCCUCGACAGAAAGUUUGGGAUACAAAGACAGUGUCCGGACCGGACAAACAGGGGACACCUGUUCUUGCCUCUUCCUGGUGCCAGCGGCCGGCUGGGCCUGCCCUGAAUCCAGAGAAGAAGGGCAGAGGAACUAUCCUGUUCCCAAGUCCCGGGGGCCAAGCUUUCUGCAGUGAAUAUUGGGAACCUUCCAGUGCUUUUAUGUUUUGUUUGUUUUGUGUGUUGUUUGUAAAGCUGCCAUCUGACCAAGGUCUCCUGUGCUGAAUUGGCCAGGGACAGGCAGGGGGAGGGGCGGGAGUUCUUGGGGUGAUUUCUUUUGUUAACUAAGCAUAGUGUGGUUUUGCCAUUGUUUUGUAACUUUUUUGCUAACUUAUUUGGAUUUCUUUUUUUAAAAAAUGAAUAAAGACUGGGUGC